AUGCCGCCACGUAUCACUCGCCUGAAAUGGCCUCGACUGUUUCCACCACAUGAGCCACUGCCUUUUCUCUACCCCCGAUGGUACUCGAUCGAGGUUGCUGCCGCCGAGGCUGCCAAUUCGAAUACACCAGAAGGAUCAUCCACGCCUGCUAAUGGAUCAGGCAUGUCAGCGCAGCAAGAGCUAGGAGAUACACCACAGAAGUCUUCGAUUGCCCCAUCGUCUGGAUUGCAAAAUGGAGACAUCAACACCAGGCGCGUCCCGCAAUCGCUUGUGCGAAAAGUCCAGAUCCGAAAGCUAGAAGAGACGAAACGCAAAGAGCUGCGUGAAAAGUCCUUCUAUGCACAGGACUGGCGCACCCCCUUGAUGCUGCUCCGGAAGCACACACCAGCAGGAGAACAACACCAUGUUAAACAACUGGCUCGGCUGGAAAUGCCUCAGGGCAUGCGAGGCUUCUAUCCUGGCAACCUCUCCGACCUCUUCCUGGAUAUCUAUCUGCAUACGGGCUGCCAUGUCCAGAUCUCGCGAGGCGACAAUCAUAAGUAUGGCAAAUUUCAUGCCUUGGAAAUAUCGGGUACUGCUGUGACAAUCAGUAUGGCCAAGCACAUUCUGAACGAGGCGCUACAGGUUGAGAGUGAUGAGGAUCUCAACGACAAAGGCACUAUGGGAAAAUACACUACAACUACCACACCCAUUGUCCAGGAUAAGGUCAUGCCCCGUUCCGUCUGGAGUAUGCCGCAUACGAUUGCAAAAGACCUCUCGGACGUUGGCGAACCAAAUUCCUGGUCCUUCCAAAGAUUUGCUGCUCACGUUGCCGAACUGGUCAUCGCGACUCCCACUCCAGCUCAAUCACGGUUAGCUGGAUCAGCAAAUCCUCCAGAGGACAAGCCACAUGUCGACCUUGUCACGGACAAGCUGGUGACGCUCUACACAAAUCCGACUUCUGUUCGAUGGGCCUCCAUGCACGCUACAGUUCAGACUCUGCAAUACCUUGUCGAACACCGCAAAAUCCCCGAAGUUCGUCGUGUUCUUGAGGUGAUCGAGUCUGAAUCCAAAACCCAUCCCUAUCUUCGCUUGGUACUGGCAAAUCCAUCAGUCUUCAAUGUACUCCUGCAUUCGGCAUCUGAAGCCUUGGAUCUGCACACUUACAAUUUCCUACUUCGUAUGAUGACAGAUCGCAGUGUGGUCCCUGAUGUGGAAACAUGGACUUCCCUGCUGCAGUUGGUGCAAAAGGUCAGCCCACGAAACGCCAAACAUAUCAUCACCACAAUGCGACAACGACAAAUGAUGUCUUCUCCAGUGGCCAAAACGGGCACGGCGCAAGCGUUAUCGCAGAAAGAUGUCAUGGAGUGGCUCGGCAGAGGAGAGUCCGUUUUCGACUUCAUCGCUCACUACGACAAACUUUGGGAGGGCAAAGAAUGGCUAGACGCACGUGUCUGCAACCAGAUUCUCCUCGUUCUCAUCGAGACUGGCAACCUGCAGGAUGUCAUGCCUCUUGUCAAAGAGCUGGAGAAUCGAAACAAGAAACCCAAUCUUGUGACAAUACAUAUCCUGAUCGAUGCCGCGUCUUCCUACCGCGACUUGAGAUUCGCGAACGACGCUCUGCAGACCAUUCUUGGCCAGGAUGAACAUUUACAACCUGGUCCUCGCACCUUUGAGAAACUCGCAUACCUCGCUUUCCGAGCAAGAGCGUACAACACCCUUCGCGUGGUGUGGAGAUAUGCAUGUCUGUAUGGCGAUGUCUCGCGCGAUCUUCUUUUGAAAAUGCAAAAGACACUCAGCACGUCUUUGCGUGGCGAGAGCGAUAUCGUCCAGACACUGAACGUCCAGACACUGAAUGUUGGUGUCGGCGUGGAUAACCAGAUUAGUCGUCACCAACGCUUCAAGAUGCUUGCCGCCAUCGUCGCUGUCGGUAUCACAGCGAACACACCUGUAUCUUCACCCACCAACCUGACUAGAAACCUCGAAGGCCCUCUGGGAUUCAUCAAAACUAGGUCUCCGAGCACCGACCUAAACAAGACCGACUUGAACACCGCCACAGCACCCAGUCUCCAACCGAGUGUCACUCUUGCUGCUGAUCUUAAUGCACCCAAGUUCUAUUUUGCAGUUGAAUCCUUCGUUUCCGCUUUCCAUAGGGCUGUAGAGCAAGAUCUUCGAUGGAAACAGUCCGGAUACGACAAGAACGCCACCUUGGAAGUCCUUCUCGCAAAAGCUAUCACCGUGCGGGUCAGAAAGAAUGCGCAACUCUUGAUCAAGGAAGAGAAAGAACAGGAACAGCGAGAACAAGAACAAAAGCAGCGCCAGAAGGACAAGGUGAAGGCUCAGGAGGAGCUCCAAGAGAAGAAACGUGAACAAAUGGUAGCAGCGAUGAAACAAGCCGUGGAAGUACAAAAGCAAACAGUUGAGGCCGCAAGAAAACAGGUCGAAGCACGCAACAACAAAGCUGAGGCCAGAAGAAGAACAAACGCCAAACUUGAAUGGCAAAAGCAGAACGAGCAGAUGGUGGAGGCGGCAAAAUCAACAGCAGAAGCCAUAGCCACAACCGAGAUCGAGAACGAGGAAGACCGCAAAACAAGAGAAGAGCAACGUAAAGCCAAAGCCGGGCAAAUCGCCCUCGACAAGCAAAAGGCUACGGAAGCACGCGAAGCCAGAAGAGCCUUGGAAGCCCAGAAGAAACUGGAUAUGGAAACCCAAAGACUCGAGCGGGAGGCACAAGAAGAACGAAAAGAAAGGGCUAGAGUUGCACACCAAGCAAGGAAAGAACAAGAAGCGAGAGAAGAGGAGAAGAAGAGAGAGGAAAGGGAAGCUGAGGAGGAGUGGAAGAAGUUGCAUGAGGAGAUGCAGGGAUUGGUCGGGAAGAAGUAG